AUUUUGCUUUAUUCUUCACUCCAUUCAACUUUUCACUGUUCUCUGAUCUUGUCUUUGAGCAUAUCUUCUGAUGUCGCUCCGUUUUCUCUUUGCGUUUUUCAUUAUAAAUACCUUUCCACUUUCUUCGUUUUUCAUUUCUUUCUUCUUCUCAUCAUCUCACAAUCAAUCAUUCUAAUAGCCAAUACUUGUUAGCUACUUACCUCAUCCCAACCCGACUUUACUCUAUUCAACCCAACUCUUUCACUCUCAUCUUCUAAAAUGGAAAAACAAUUAUCUCCAACUGAUUCUGAACACCACCCAGUUACCGUCUCUGGAUUAAACAAUGAAUACAUCCACAUUGGCCAAACUAAAGUCAGAAAAGAUGAACUAUUAAGCGCCUUUGGUGGUUCUUUAUACACUGGUGUUACUGCUCCUCCAACUCACAAAUUUGCCAACCCUGGUCCUUUAGGUCUCUCUGCUUUUGCUUUAACUACUUUUGUUCUAUCCAUGUUCAAUGCUAGAGCCAUGGGCAUCACAAACAACAAAGUCGUUGUUGGUUUAGCCUUUUUCUACGGUGGUUUUAUCCAAUUGUUAGCAGGUAUGUGGGAAAUUGCUAUUGAAAACACCUUCGGUGGUACUGCUUUAUCCUCCUAUGGUGGUUUCUGGAUGGCCUGGGCUGCUAUUCAAACUCCUGCUUUUGGUAUCGCUUCCUCUUAUGAUGACAAAGUCGAAUUUUACAAUGCUCUUGGUUUCUUCUUAUUAGGCUGGAGUAUCUUCACUGCCAUGCUAACCCUCUGUACCCUCAAAUCAACUCUCGCCUUCUCCGGAAUGUUUGCUCUUUUGACUGUCACCUUUAUCUUAUUGACCAUUGGUGAUUUCACUCGUAACACAAACUUCACUAGAGCUGGUGGUAUCUUGGGUGUCAUUGUCGCUUUCAUGGCCUGGUACAAUGCUUUUGCUGGUAUUGCCACUCCUCAAAACUCAUACAUCACCAUCAAACCAAUCUACUUGCCAGGUGGUAAAGCUUAAGUUUGUUCUUAUCUUUAGUUUGUUAUUUUUAUCAGUUUUUUUUCUUUUCGAUUUUUAUGUUUCCCCGUUUUUACUUUUAACGCUCUUUUCUUCAUGCUCUUAAUUCCAUACAUUUCAAAACUAUAUUCAUAU